AUGACUGAACAAUACAAUACAAAAAAUGCCGGAGUCCGACGAUUGAUGCAAGAGGCGAAAGAGCUGCGACAGGCCACCGAAAUGUACCAUGCUCAGCCAAUGGAAGACAAUCUAUUCGAGUGGCAUUUCACCAUUCGAGGAACCAUUGGAACUGAUUUUGAAGGCGGAAUUUAUCACGGAAGGAUAAUAUUCCCGGCUGAUUAUCCAAUGAAACCACCAAAUUUGAUUCUUCUAACACCAAAUGGUCGCUUCGAGCUCAACAAAAAGAUCUGUCUCUCGAUCUCUGGUUAUCAUCCGGAGACAUGGCUGCCAUCAUGGAGCAUUCGCACAGCUCUUCUUGCAUUGAUUGGUUUUCUGCCAUCAACUCCAGGAGGUGCACUCGGAAGUUUGGAUUACCCACCAAAGGAAAGGAAACGUCUGGCGAAAUUGAGCGGUGACUGGAAAUGCAAAGAGUGCGGAUGCGUUAUGAAGGAUGCUCUCCUACCAAUCACAGAAGAUGGUCAAUUAAAAGAAACUGAAGAGGCGAAGAAACUUGCCGCACAACUCAAAUUCCAAGAUGAAUCGGUUGUGAAGAAGGAAAUCGCCGACGCCAAUGGAAGUGCUUCGGAAGAAAUUCAAUCGAGCGAGACGACGCAACCAGAAACUUCUGAAGUAACGAACGAUUCAUCUGAAAGCGACGAAUCAUCAGAAGAUUCUUCGGGAGAAGAAACUGAAGCCGAGCAGCCUGUUGAUCCAGAACCUGCCAUCAGAGAUCCUUCACCGACACCACUGUUCCAACAACCAGCACGCCAACUCGCAUCUCGAAGCUUCGACUACUCACUUCUAAUUAAAAUCCCACUUGCUCUCAUUUGUUUAGCCGUAUUUAUGACACUCGUAGCUCGCCGUAUUCUUGUCGAAAGCGGCAAUUCUUUCAAAGAAGGCCCUGAACUGUAG